AUGCGCGGUAACGUCUGCGUCCGUCACAACAUGGAUUCAGAGGAGUGUAUUGCAGACGUAAACAAUACCCCUGCAGAAAUUCCCUGCCAGCAGCAUGGACAAAAUAUGCAUGAUUCAGAGGCUAGCAGACCAUACACAGAUCCUGACAAUGAAGGAAGACCAAUUAGUAAUGCUCAGGAUUCAAGCAUGCAGCCACUCAUAGACAGAACUGAGGCUUUACAACUGGAGUUUCAGGAUAGCCAGUUGUCACCUGCACUUACCCUGCUUCCCUGUCUGGACAAAUCUCACCUUCUUUCUGACUCCACAUUUUUUCAUCAUACAGAUGCAGAAUUUGCCCCGCUUCGGGGAUUUCCUGACUUCUCAGUUAUGUCUGAGAGACACCCCAGGAAUUCAAAUGCAGGUGUAACUGAUGAUUCCCACCUCCAAAAUACUGUUCAUGACCAGGCUGCACUUUCCCAGCAUCCGUUGGAGGUACCAACAGCCCUGUCAGAGGGUGAAAAAAGCUGCUGUUCAUUGUCGCAGCAUAGCCUGUCACCUGGAGACCAUUCUAAAGGACUUGAGGAUCAAGGGAGUGUUUCAUAUGGUGCUGAGGAUAAAAUCAACAGACAUAUGGAGGGAGAGGAGCAGACCACCGCUCAGCAGCUUAGUGAGAGAAUGUCUGCUCGGCUCUUAUUAGAGUUCAGGGAAGCGGAUGUUAAUGUGGCUGUUAGUGACACCAGUGCCAUUUCUACUGCAUCUAAACCUGCCUCAAAUAACCAAAACACAGGCAAAAGCCAGUCAGAUCCUUCCAUGAAUCUUCAAAAAGGCAGAGAGCAGCCACAAGGUGGCUCAUUGUCAUUAUCAUCUUCAUUUCAGAAAUCUGUGGAUGUUUCAAAUAUAACUUUUCGUGAUUCACGAAUGCAUUCACAACAAACAACUGACCAUCUCCAUGAACAGCUUCUGUCUGCAGGACAAAGAGGCUCCAACUCAGCACCAGCAAGUAGGCACCAUAGUGGAAACAAAAGCUCUCAUAGUGGACUAUGUGUCACACCAGCUGGUGAAGGUGUGUUGCAUGCACCAGAUCUUCAGAGAGCCCUCUGGAGCUCCGGUCAUCUAACAGCAACAGAUGGUUCAUUCUUGAGCUCCCAGCCUGUGUCACAGUCCACACCUGCGCUACCUCUGGUGAGACCUCCACCUGCUUUGACCAAACUCUCACUCAUACACUCCAAUCAAGAAGCUGUUGCUUCUGUGGCUACAUCAUCCCAAAACAGUCACUCCAAAACUGGCUUAAUUCCAUCAUUGGACCUAAGCUAUCAUCAUUCCUCUCCCAUCCUAUCUCAAACAACAACUACUGUUCUUAGUGGACCUUCAGAGACUGCGCAAACAAUGUCACACGCCCAUCCUAUUUCAAACGAACAAGUUCCUCCUCCUGUUUUAAAUCCACCCGACUCUGAUACACCUCACUCCAACACUGGUGCAGAGAUGAAAGAUCAGGUUCCUCAUUUGCCCCUUGGGAGAGUUCAUUCUCUUCCCAGUUUGAGCUACUUACAGAAAGUAGAUGCCUGGAAAGCCAAUCAAAGUUCUAGCAGGUCGUUUUAUGAUAAUUUGACACUACAGGGUUUUGAUGGUGUGUCGCCCAAGAAAAAAGCACAGGACGUAGUGUCUGACACACCUAAUCACAUGCUUUCUCGAGACAUGCGUCUGCCAUUUGGUGCUAAUCCCAGCUCCCAGAUGACUCAGCCAGUUUCCUCUUCUCAUUCUAGAAGCGGCUCACCUCGUCGGGUUGAUGUAGUUGGGUCGGGUGUUUGCAGAGGACAAGCAUCUGAGUCACCUGUCAAUCGUUCACAAUCUCACUCCUCUCUGAGUUCUGUGGUGACCUCUAUUCAGAGAGAUACCGGUACACAUAGUCAGCAAGUUAAAGUGACACAAUCUGAUGACAUCAUUUCGGCUACCAGAUCAUUGGACUAUCAGUCAUCCUUAGUUUCAGGUGGAAGGGGUGACGGAAGGAAUAGCUUGGCUCCUAACAUGGAUAAAAGCUCAGUCAAGAUGUCUCCUCUCAUAAGUCUGGGACGCUUCAGCGAUGUGUCAUCAAACCUUAAUAUGAGCAGCACGCUCUCUAGUUCUCAAGGCAGUUACCAUGGUGAACAGAGUAUGCGGGCUUCGGUGGGAGCCGCCUCUUCUGUAGUGAGUCUUGAAGUCGAUAAUUAUGCACCCUACUGGGCCUCCAGACCUGCCUCCCCUCCUCACACUAGGGAACUCAACAUUGAAGAUAGGAUCCCUAUGUACCUCUUAAAUUUGGGUAUCGACCAAUCACCUUCAACAAUCUUAAAUCCAUUUACUCGUCGAGGACCAAUCAGAGAGCCUGAAUUCUCUCCUACUGACUUGUGUACCAUCAAAGGCUCCAUAGGAACACCAACUAAGAGCACACAGCCAUCUGAAGUUGACAGUCUUCAGAAGGAGACAUUCUCCAGUUCUAGUCAGCUCUCAGCUGACUCCAGUGCUUCCGUCACACACCGAUUGUCAGUGCAUGAGCAAGGCCAACCAGCCAGUGACAGAACUGUAAAGAAGAUAUUCAGCCAGGCGGAUACUCCACCAAGACGUCAUUCAGCUUUACAUCCUUCAUCAAACCUACAACAGGAUGCUCCACAAAGUGAAGGAAGCUUUGGCCCUCCAAGCCAACUCAGUUCAGAAUCUGUGCCUCCUCCAGGUCCCAGAGAAGUGGUAAAAGAGGAUGAUGACUCUUUUGUAGGCUCUGGCACACUACAUGAAAUCAGACGUCUGCUGGGCCGGGCAGAAAGCCUGGUCUCUGGUCGUUCGUCACUGACUUCCUCUCCCGGCUCACACCGGCUCUCAGAAAGUGACACAUCUCUUGUUUCGCUAGGACGAAACAUUCAAGGUUAUCACAAUGACACAUCUCUAUCAGCUGGUGGGACCUCUCUGCUGCUGACUCGCUCUUCAUCAGAUUCAGCUCUGAAAGGAAGCUUCUCAUCCUCCCAAGGACCACAACAGAUUGACCGCACAACUAUAGAGCCUGCCACUCUCUCUUUGAGCAGAGAGGAAAGUUUGAAGUCACGUGACCUUUGUGUGACUCCAAGGCGGGCUGAGCCUGAGGGCUGCAGUGCUGCAGACCCAGAUAAGGCAAAGCCACCUACAGCCACAUCUGCCAUGCAGAUAAAUGUCCCUUCGAUAGUAGGGAACCUUCCACAGAACCAGGACCAGACUGAGGAUCCUGCGAUUGGCUCUUCUGAGAAUUCGUCUCAUGUCUCAGCUGAGGUUGAAAGUAUGAGUGACAGUAGCAGUGGGAGUUCAUUGGCUGCCAGAGUUGCCAGGCUCCUGCAGAGUGAGUCACCCGUUUCUAUGGUUACAAGCCGGCCAAGCACCAGUGAUCCUGAAGAUAGCCGUGCCCGAGAAUGGAUCCUGAUGAAGGUUUCUGGCCGCCGAUGUGAAAGUUUAGAACUAAACGCUGAGGACAGAGAGAGAAUUGAAGACAUCAAAAGAGAGCUUCUACUGAACACCAAAUACACCAAGUGGAGCUCAGAUUCUGAGGGCAGUUCUCAGUCAAGUGUUGGUCCUGAAUCUCAGCUAACGAAGGGCUUUGUUAGACUGCGUAACAUGGAGAAUCAUAACUCCGAUCAACUGCAGAAAGUUGAUCCAAAACCUUUGGGCACAGCUCCAUUUUACACACCUGCACAUCAGGAUCUCGAGGCCAAAGUUCACCAGAUCGCUCUCAAAGAGGGGCUCAGCUCCCAGCCUUUUACUUCUAUUACUAUAUCAACCACUCGCCACACUCCAUCUCCACAGUCGCCAUCACAUUACACUAUCACUGCUACUGAAGAUUUGGACAAUAUUGGUCCUGACCAUGAGACUUUAGAGAGCACGAGCCAAAUGAGACUUAUACCUAAUGUAUUGGGCAGAGAAAAAGAGACGACGAGAGAAGGACAACAUAGAGAAGAGAAGGAAAGUGAAGAAACAACAGAUGAUGACAAAGAGAACAUUGUUUCGAAUGAUUCCCAGAGUGUCCAAAGAAUACCUCACAUGGACUAUACUGUCACAGGCAGUAACCAGAUAUUAUCCAGUGCUGUCUCAGACUCAACGUUGGACAAGAAGUCCCACCUCUCUCAUGUACACCUCACCUUAUCACCCAAGCCCAAACAUCAGUCCAAUCCAAAUUACUUAAGCAGGUUAUCCAGUCAAAACACUAGUAAAGAUGUCCCACUUCAAAGAUCUGUGGUGUCAAACUUGACUGAUGAACAUCUACCAUCCAUACGCCGAAUUUCAACAUCAAACCAUACUAGAUCAUAUGAACAUAGAGAGCCAGCUCAUGGCCAGAAUGCACACUUACAGGCCAGAUACCCACAAACCUUUGCUCCCUCUCAGAGGCUUGCUGGGACAUCCAGAACUCUCUCCGUUCAAGCAAUUGUCCCUGCCCUGUUGCCAUACAAACCUCAUGGAAGCUCUGAGCUUUUCUAUGUCCCACAAGCUGAUCCAGAGCUUUCUCCAGGUCGCUCUGACACAACUGUAGAAAGCUCUCACCCAGGUUCUGAUGAUGCUGUCCCUCCACACUUCAAUACAGACAUUUUAGGCUCUAGAGAGCUACAAGACAACAUAAUAACACCAAAACACAAGGAAGGCAUCUACAGUAAGAGGGCCAGUAUGAAGAGAGUUUCCAGUGUGUCUAGAAAUGGUCUUCCAGAAUCAGCAACCACUUUUGCUGAACAAAAUGACAACACUGCUCCUGAAAUUUAUGUUUCUGAGAAGAACAUGGACACUGUUGGCAUAGAUGAGGAGUAUAAAGAUGAGGAAGAACAUUUUGUCCCCUUACACAUGGAGGCAGACUACAGUACAGAUGAUGUGCAUCUUCACAGCAGCAUCAUGCAGGAACCUAAAUUUCCUCUAGAACCACGUCAUUUACCUUCUCAGCCAAUCAGAAAGUCCUACAGGGGGAGCAAGAAAGAGCAUGACAGAACACCUCAUGAUGUUAGCAUAGAGAUUAGCAGUUCUCUGGACCAACUGUGGCAGCGCUUCAGUGAAAAAUGGAGCAUGGAGGAGACAAGACCAACUAACGAUGGAGAGACGUCUCUGCUUGAUAGACUAGAGCGUCUGUCUCGCCUCAUUCACAAUACCACUCCAACAGAUCAAACUAUACAACAGUCACACAGCAGGAAAAGAGAGUAUUACAGGAGGUGUGAUCAAGAGGAUGGGACUACAGAGAAAGAAGAGCAAAGAGAACAUGUUCAGUUACAAGUGGCUCCGCAGCAAGCUUGGCCUGAGCAUGAAGAGAGUCAGGAGAGAGUGCAUCGCUAUCCUGCCGAGAGAGAUGAGUCUGCGAGUGUGGAGACCAGCAGUAGCCUGUCCACCAUUGACACAGAGCGGCUGCUGCAAGCUUUUGGUCCUCACCGGGUCACCAGUAAAGGACUGAAAAGCAGUGACAGCUUCCUCAGACUUCACAACACCAUCAAUACGCAGAAACCUGGCCGUAGGAAACCCCGUACUAAACAUGUUGCCGUCUCUGUUGCUACCGAUGAUGUGAGCACGGAUGACUCCACAGUCUCUGCUGAUUCUUUAUCAUCUUCAAGCAGUUUUUCCCAUCAUUCUCAAAGAGGUGUCUCUCAAAACCUCAAUUCCAAAAGGUCAAAGGUCAAACUGGUCAACAAAGGUGUACAGGCAGGUGAUUUGGAAAUUGUUAUAAAUGGCACCCGCAGACACACUCGGGACGUAGGCACCAUCUUUCCCUCACCAGGUGUUUUCAAAAAUAUCCGUUCAACAAACAUGCCUGGCAUAGGCAUUCAGAAUGGCUUUUCCAUCCCUACUGCUUCCACAUCUAAACCCACCCAAUCCCUGACUGCUCUGAAGAAAGACACCAACAACAAGAACAUCCGGACCCGUUACUCAAACGGUGUGUCAUGGUUUGUCUCAGCUGAUGAGCUUAAGUGUGAUGGCCGCAAGGAAAACCACCCACAGAAUGAUUCAGCACCUUGUCCAAGCCAAGCCUGGUUUGAGCCUUACACUAAAACCCAACCCUGGAGAGAAAUGACCAGAGAACCUCUAAAAGAGAGACAGAACCAGCAAGAACAAGAGAGGCCAACAGAGUCCAUAACAGCAACCAAGACAGAUAUCAGCGACAAACCCUCGGCUCUUGUUCGACUUUCACUACAGGAAGCUCUGGAGCUCCAUCGGCCAGAGUUUGUUUCUCGUUCACGGGAACGGAUGAAGCGUCUGGGGUUGCUCGUUGAAGAGAGGAGGUUACAGGCAGUUUUCAAUAGAGAGAGAGAAGAACUUUUCAAUUGCCCCGCACCAUCACGUCCAUACAGACCAGCAGCUCCAGUACUACAUAAACGAGUCAUUCCAAGAAAAGAGAUGGUCCAAAGAUCCAAACAUUGGAUAGGGAGGAAAUCAUUCAGUCAGAGAAUAGACAGGACAGACAGACCCAAGAGGAAAUAUGCUCAACUUCCUGAGGUCCAGAAGAGAAGGGAGGAGGAAAGGAGACAGGCAGAGUACCGUUCCUACCGCCUCAACGCUCAACUCUUUAACAAGAAAGUCACUAAUCGUGUGUUGGGACGUAGAGCACCCUGGCAGUGAGCUAGAUUUAAUUCAACAUUUCAAAAAGCCGUAUGUUCUUUGAAUGUGACUGGUAUUGUGGGUGUUUUAUAUGGGUUGAAUAUUUUAUAAUGGUUGUGUGUUAUGCAAGUGUGGUUAGAUGUAUGUGUGCAUUCUGAUUUUAGAUGUGAGAUUUUAUAUAAUUGUGAUUGUGUAUUAUUUAUGGAGUUGCAGUAUUGAAUUGUUUCAUUAUGACUCUUAUAGUUGAAAAAUGAAUUUUAUUAUGUCUGUUUUUGCUACGUUUUAGCAAUAUUUUUAUGAAGUAAAUAAAUAAGCAGCUAUUUGUA